UGUGUCUCCAUAAUGACAGCCUAAAUUGUGUGAAAACCGCGAACAUGGCAAUACUGCUCCCAAGUCCCAAUUUUGGCAGACCUGUUUCAUACUCUCGCGGAAUCUUGACAUCACUGACAUUAAGCUGGAUCCCUUCUGGUGUUAACCCCUCACACUGUGAAAGAAAGUAGGGACGUACUCGUAAAAUUCUCCAAACGUAUACGUGGUUAUUCAGCUUUAGGUAGGAGACACAUUUCCAGCUACCAAGAGAGCUGAGCGAAUUAUGGGCCUGACAGAAACUAAAGCAAAUAUUGCCGAAUGUCGGUUGUCAUAAUUGGCACUGUCCUCGAAUCAUGAAAAUGUUGAAUUUACAAUGAUUUGCAAUAGAUGGUGCAGAAAUACCUUUUAUUUCCGUAUUUAUUAAAUACUACAGCCCCAUAUACUGUGGUUGGGCUAGAUAAGAGGCAAUGAGUGUGGAAUUUCUCGCGAUAAUCCUUGUUGAUUCCGGUCCGGUCGGUGUUGAAUGAUUCUGUAAAGAUGGCGGUCAGCAUCCGAGGCCGUCCGAGUCGAAGCAUUCGGAUGCGAGGUCGGAAUGACAGUGGGGAGGAAAAUGUACCACUCGAUCUCUCCAGAGAUCCUUCAGACAACCUUCGGGAAAUCCUUCAGAAUGUUGCCAAGCAACAAGGAGUCUCCAACAUGCGCAAACUCGGUCACCUGAACAACUUCAUAAAGCUUCUCUGCAAUGCAGGCCACUCAGAGGAGAAGCUUGGGUUUACACACGAAGAGAUCGUCAUCUGUCUCCGGUUAGCGCUGUUAAAUGAGGCUAAGGAGGUGCGAGCUGCAGGGCUGAGGGCUCUACGCUACCUGAUCAGAGACAGCGCUAUUCUCCAGAAGGUCCUCCGUCUUCAGGUGGACUACUUGAUCGCCAGGUGCAUAGACAUCCAGCAAAGCAAUGAGGUGGAAAGGACACAGGCUCUCAGGCUGGUGCGAAAGAUGAUCACAGUGAAUGCACUGCUCUUCCCCUCGUCUGUCACCAACUCCCUUAUUGCCGUGGGCAAAGAUGGGCUACAGGAGCGAGACCGCAUGGUGCGCGUCUGUAUCGCCAUCAUCUGUGAACUUGCUGUGAAAAACCCUGUGGUGGUGGCUCAGAGGAGUGGUCUCAGCACCAUUCUGAAGAACGUGAUCGACUGUCAGCUGAGCCGCAUCAACGAGGCACUCAUCACUACCAUCCUACACCUCCUCAACCACCCACACACACGCCAGUAUGUGCGCUCAGAUGUGGAGCUCGAGCAAAUCCUGGCCCCGUACACAGACUUUCACUACAGACACAAUGCAGACACAUCAGAGGGGCAACUCAAGGAAGAUAGGGAAGCUCGUUUCCUGGCCAGUAAGAUGUCCAUAGUUGCUUCCUUUCGCUCCUGGUCAGGCAUCAUUAACCUGUGCAAGACAGGCAACUCUGGAAUCCAGUCUCUUAUUGGCCUGCUCUGUAUACCAAAUGUGGAAGUAAGGAAAGGCUUGUUGGAGGUGAUGUAUGAUAUAUUCCGGCUCCCCAUGCCUGUUGCGACUGCAGACUUUAUUGAAGCACUUAUCAGUGUGGACCCCAGUAGGUUCCAAGACAGUUGGAGGUUAUCAGACGGCUUUGUGGCUUCUGAAGCCAAAUGUAUCCUUCCACAUCGAGCUCGGUCAAGGCCUGACCUAAUGGAUAACUACCUGGCUUUGGUACUGUCUGCCUUCAUCAAGAGUGGACUUCUUGAGGGUCUGAUUGAGGUUAUCACAAGCACCGAUGACAACAACGCUGUGCGAGCAAUCAUUCUACUGGGAGAACUGCUUCACAUGGCCAACACCAUCCUCCCACACUCCCACAGCCACCACCUGCACUGCCUGCCCACACUCAUCAACAAGGCUGCCUCUUUCGACAUCGCCCAGGAGAAGAGACUACGGGCGAGUGCAGCGGUCAACUACCUGAAGCGCUUCCACGAGAAGAAGAAGAAAGGACCCAAACCCAACAGCCUGUACCUGGACCACAUCAUCCGCAAAUCAAAGGCUUCACACUACUGUAGAGACCAGCACUUUAGACCACAGAGAGAUAUAUUUGUCAUUAAGGACACUGAGGAUGCUCUCAUGAUGAACCUGAAAGACAGCCACAUCCUGAACCACAAAGAGAACCUGGACUGGAACUGGGUUCUCAUCGCAACAAUACUGAAGUGGCCCAACGUUAACCUGCGGAGCAAUAAAGAUGAACAAAUACACAAGUUUGUGCGCAGGCUGCUGUUCUUCUAUAAGCCCAGCAGUAAGCUGUAUGCCAGCCUGGAGCUGGACCACAGCAAAGCCAGGCAGCUCACUGUGGUGGGAUGCCAGUUCAUUGAGUUCCUCCUGGAGUCUGACGAGGAUGGGCAGGUGUACCUGGAGGACCUGGUGAAGGACAUAGUCCAAUGGCUCUCCUCUUCCUCGGGGCUGAAGCCUGACCGCAGUCUCCAGAGCAACGGGCUGCUCACCACCCUCAGCCAGCACUACUUCCUGUUCCUGGGCACUCUUUCCUCACACCCGCACGGCGUCAAGAUGCUGGAGAAGUGCAGUGUCUUCCAGUGCCUGUUGAACAUCUGUACACUGAAGAAUCAGGACCACCUGCUGAAGCUCACUGUGUCCACACUGGACUACAGCCGUGACGGGCUGUCCAGGGUCAUCCUGUCCAAGAUCCUCACCGCUGCCACUGACAACUGCAGGCUGUAUGCCACUAAACACCUGCGGGUGCUGUUGCGUGCCAACGUGGAGUUCUUCAGUAAUUGGGGCAUCGAGCUCCUGGUCACCCAGCUCCACGACCGCAACAAGACCAUCUCCAUGGAGGCGCUGGACAUACUGGAUGAGGCCUGCGAGGACAAGGCAAACCUCCAUGCUCUGAUCCAGAUGAAGCCAGCUCUCACACACCUGGGGGACAAGGGUGUCCUGCUGCUGCUACGGUUCUUGUCCAUUCCAAAGGGCUUCUCCUACCUCAAUGAGAGGGGCUACGUCACCAAGCAGCUAGAGAAAUGGCAGAAGGAGUAUAACCUGAAAUAUGUGGACAUGAUAGAGGAGCAGCUGAACGAGGCUCUCACCACGUACCGUAAACCUGUCGACGGAGACAACUAUGUACGUCGAAGCAACCAAAGGUUACAGAGACCAAAUGUUUAUCUUCCUGUGCAUCUGUACAGCCAGCUUGUCCAUGACAAGACAGGCUGCCAUCUACUGGAAGUCCAGAAUGUGGUUCCUGACCUAAGCUACACUGUUCGCUCCCCAAUGCUGGACAAGUGGGAGGGCAUUAAACAGCUUAAGGCAGCACUUUGGGCCCUGGGUAACAUAGGGUCGUCAAACUGGGGGUUGAACCUCCUGCAAGAGGAAGGGGUGAUCCCUGACAUAGUGGUUCUGGCUCUGCACUGUGAGGUUCUCUCCGUCAGAGGGACGUGUCUGUACGUGUUGGGGCUGAUCUCGAAGACUCGUCAGGGUUGUGACAUGCUGAAGCAGCACGGCUGGGACGCUGUGAGACAUAGCCGCCGGACGUUGUGGCCCGUUGUCCCUGAUGACAUGGAGCCCCACCCCAACCCCCCCAGCCUGCUGUCCUCAGUCCCCUCCAGCCUCAGCCUCGCCUCUGACUCCACCAGCUCCAUGCACAACAGUGAGAGUGACUCCACACAACCCAGUAUGUACAUCAUGGACGAUGAGAGGCUGGAGAACUGUGACCUGUCGGACGAUCCUCCUAUGUACAUGAGACCCAAGUACAAAGACCGCAGCCCCUUCAACCUCCUGGCCUCCAGCCGCUUCCGCAACCGCCUCCUCCACUCCCUGUCGCUAUCUGGGAAGAAGCUCCGCAGCAACAGCGACCCCAAGGGCAUUCCCAGGGGCCACGGAGGAGGGGUAGAGGGGGAACAGGGGCGCAAACGCACCGUCACCGAGCCCAGCUACACCUUUGGAUCUUCAGACGUCUUCCCAAUCUAUAAUGACGGCCACCUGCCCAAAAGCCCCUCUGUCAACCUAGAAACUUCCUUUGUGGGCAGCAAGGCAUCUGAGAACCGGGGCAGCACCCCCAGCUUUGGGGAGGGGGAGGGGAGGUUGCCAGGCCGGUCAGUGGGGGUAGGAGGGUCAGGGGUGGGUGAGAACCAGAGAGAACAGGCUAGCCGGGAGCGCCUGGCUGGGUAUGGCCCGUCCGGAGGAGGCGGGGGGACUCAGUUUAAAUCGCGCAGUCAGAGCUUCAACACGGACACGACCACCAGCGGCAUCAGCUCUAUGAGCUCCAGCCCCUCCAGGGAGACCCUGCCCUCCACCAUCGACACGGACGGUGUCAGCAUCAACAGUGUGAUCAGCGCCCAAACCAUCCAGACCCUGACCUCCCUCACCCCCCAGCCCCACACCGCCCACCUCUCCUCCCUGUCUAAAUCCAGCUCUGCCUCCCUGGUGCCCCCCGGCUCCUCCCACACCCUUCCUCGCCGCGCCCAGUCCCUCAAGUCGCCCUCGUUGACCACCCUGAGCGGCCUAACGGACUGCAGCCUCAUGUACUCCAACUCCCGGGAAGCGCUGGGCUACGCCACGCUGAAGUACGCAAGUUGUCGUGACACGUACGCCAGUCAGCGUGAUGCGCUGGGCUACGCUACGCUGAAGAGGCUUCAGCAGCAGAGGAUCCACUCAUCCCUGUCCCACAGCGAGGCUCUGGCUUCCCCAGCCAAAGACAUGCUCUUCACCGAUACCAUCAACAUGAAGACUGGCAGCCUGGACUCCAGACUCACCCCAAGGAGGUUCCUGAAGGCUCUGAGUUUUGCCUCUCUGGAUAAGGAGGAUCUGCUGAGCCCCAUCAGCCAGACCACUCUGCAGCGGUCCUCCUCAGUGAGAUCCAUGGUGUCCAGUGCCACCUAUGGCAGCUCUGAUGACUUCAUCGGCCUGGCGCUGCCCGUGGACAUCAACAACAUGUUCCAGAUCAAAGAAACACCAUAUUUCCUGAAGAGAACCAGCCCGCCCUCUGAGGACAGAUCUGCCAAAUUCUUCUCUGGAGACUCUGAUGGUCCCAGCCCUCACUCCCGGCAUGCUGUGCUCCGCUCCCAGCUGAGCAUCACAGAGCUGAUGGGGGUGAGCCGUGCAGAGCAGCAGCAGCUACUGGGCUCAGAGGAGACUGGUCUACAGGAACACAACGAUGACAACUGCCUCUACUGCACUGGGUUGACUGUGCUUGGCUUCAGCGCAUCCAACAGCCACCCAGACUUGACGGAGGACCACCCUUUCUCAGAGUGGUGCAGUCCGCCUGUGCAGAAUCACCUGGAGGUCAUGGCCCAAAGCAAAGUGUCAGGGCUGUCUGGGUGCAGUGAUGUUAUGUCCCAGGGCUCCCCAGGAAGCACCCGCAGCACUGAACUGGUUUUAGGAGUGAAGUCCAUCCCAGAGGAUGCGCCGGCCGGCAGGGUUCUCCUCAGGAAGGAGGUCCUGCGUCUGGUGGUCAACCUCAGCUCCUCUGUCGGGACCAAAGGCCACGAGACUAACCUGCUAACGAUCAAGGAGAAGUUCCCCUAUGCAUUCGAUGACAUUUGUCUCUACUCUGAGGUGUCCUACCUGCUGGCCCACUGCAUGUUUCGUCUGUCGGCACGCCGCUUCAUCCAGGAGCUCUUCCAGGACGUGCCAUUUAUCCCGAUGUACAAAGAGGCAGAGAGCAUCCUCUCCAUGCCGCCAAAGAACGGAUCGACUGACCCUCCUGCUGAGCCUUGAGUCAUCCUCUGUCUUCCCUUCCCUCUUGCAGCCAGUCAAACCCUGAGUCACACCCCCCAGUCAAAACCUGAGUCACCACUACUGAUCUACUAGUCACACACCCCCCUCAGUCAAACAUAGUCACCACUACUGCUUAACUUUCAGUAAAACCCCACCCCGACUUGAGUCAACACUAACCACUGAAACACCCCCACAUCCUCCCUUAAUUCUCCAUACCAGAGUGUGUCCUCCUAGGAUUUGGACACAAAUGGAGAGAAGAGAAACUAGAGGGAAUAAAUCUGUUCUUCCUAUUGACUUUAAGAUCUGAUGGAUGGAUAACACAGGAUGAACAAACACAUGUUUUAUCUGACCAAAUGAGCAAGCUGUGUUUAAAUUUAAAAAAAUAAAUAAAAUAAAAAGUGUAAAAAAAUAAUAAUGUAAAGCUCAUAUUUGGAAAUUCAUCACCAACAGAACUUGGACCACAAUCAAAUCCAAAAUGGCAUAAUACAAACAUGUAGAACGGUCCAUUAUGUCUGAGGGCUUCCUCAGUUUUUAUAAGUAUAUGACUGCAGCCCAACCACUUAUAUGAAAUAACUUAACAUGUUGUUUUUAGCUCAGCUUCUCCCAAAGUGGAUCCACUGACUUUGACUAAAACACUGAAGAGGACGGGUUCCUCUGCAUGACACUAAAACCUCUCCGCAUCUGGAGAGAUCUGGAGACCAUGACAUUGUGAAUAUCCAUAUGUCUAUUUAUUGUACCAGAACAAAGAACAAGUGAAGGAGAAUAGUGCUGAAAAGGCUUUUGGUAUUGCUCUAUUGAAUGACUGCAGAUACAGGUAGGAUAGAUGAUCAGUCACUGAUGCAGUUUGGUUGUUGUAUGUUUUGUUGACAUGUGCUGCAGAGGAAACAUUCCUCCUUGCCCCUUGCUGGAUGUUGUUGUUGUUUGUCUAUGUUUUUAAGCAUUCAUGCCAAGAACUGAAUAACUACAUGUAGGAGUGAAAUCUACCAAAUUAUUGCCAUUGAACAUCGGUCUGUGUGUUUCAGCACAGAGGAGUUAUUUACGCUCAGUUAUUGAACUGAUGUUUGAAACCAAGGCUGCAUGCAUUAUUGUUUAUUACCUAGCUAAACCCUAAAGUAAAAGCACAGGGUUAGGACAUUAGAUUUGGUUCUCGUCAAGGUGAAAGAAGACAUAUGUAUGUGACUAUACGGUAGUGUUGAUGUAGUCAUGUUAUCACAUGCUAGACUGCUCCUUUUUCUGCCGUGGAAUUCCCUAGAACAUGGUCCAGGACAACAGUCACUACUUGAUGGCCAAGGAGAAAUUCUGCUUCAGUAUUGGGCAGAAGUAAUUUGCCAUUCCAGUCAGUUGCCAUUCCUUGGGAGAUGCUGUCUGCUUGUCCUCAUUCCGGUAAAACUGGAGAAUAAUGAAACUGGAGCAAACAUCUUAAAGUGGAGAGCAGGGCGUGCCUGAACAUGUGCAAUAACAACACUCGUUUCAUUUGAAAACCCUUCCAACGACAGCCACUUCCAUAAUCCAGAAAUCUAUCUACAUGUUUGUGAAAUUCUGAUGGUUUAAAACAUUUCAAUAUGGGAUUGUACUGGUGUUUUUUGCUAUGCAAGAUGAGUAAUGGGGUGUAAUGUACUUUUUCAGCUUUUUUAAACAUUUUGUUUAGGCAGCUGAAAUGACAUUGCCUUAUUUUUCGGGGGGGGGAAAGUAAAUAAUUCUGGCCCUAAUUAUAGCUGAAUUAAUUGAUGAAUAGGUUGUGAAUAUGAUAAGCAACCAAUGUUAAGGCCACAAUCUACCUAUGCCUGUUGUAGAGAGAAGACCCUGUCAAAAGCACCUGCUUGGUUUUAGAGUGCUGAGGUUGAGCUUGGGUGGUUUGGGAAUUAGAUGUUGUGUUGUUUAGUAACUGUUUUAAAGAAAUGGUGGUUACCAUUGUGUUAAUUUCCAACCUGCCUUGAACAUUCACUUUGACUGACGAUGCUACUUCUAUUGCUGCACUGUUUGUGCUGAUUCAUUCAACAACAACAUGCACUUAUGACUGACUCAAUGGAAAUGUUUAGUCCUACUGUUUAUGAUGGCCUUGGUUAGUUAAGUGAUGAAGUGGUUAGAGAAAUGGACUGGUGAAAAGAGGAUUUGGGUGCAGUUCAAUUGCACUGAGCAAUCAACAUUCCUCUGUAUAAAUGCAUUGUGUUGAAAACAUAAGUCCUCUGCAAGUGGAGAAUUCUAUAGUUGCAGUACAAUGUGCAUGUUUGAUCACUAUUCUAAAUUAAAAAGAAAUGGGGACAUUUUAAUUUAGCAGAUUCCUCUAUUCCUUCGUAGAUCUUCCUUUUGUAUUCAACUAACUGCAAAUUCUAAAUAAAUCAAAUGUUACAUUUCAUAGCAGGUUUUAACAUUAUACUGAUGUUUCAGAUAGAUGUUGAAUAAGGUCAGUUAUUUGGGGACAUAGUUGUACAAGUUCUGUUAUGGACCAAAAAGCCAAACUGACUUAACUAGUUGGAAUUGUUCUCUAGCAAUUAGAACAAGAAGUAACAACCUCACAUAUUUAACUGCCAUGUGCAUUGAGACAUUUGAAAAAAUGUGCCCCUUGUUCUUAAAGCUCUUUUUCUGAGCUUCUCUAAAGCACUGUAUGGAGAUCUGAAAACAAAUCAUUUUAUAUACCUGUACUGUUUAGGAACAAAGAGACAAAGAUAAAUGUUUUCUCUUGAGGAAAGAUAUAACACUUAAGAAGCUGUAUGACUUUUUUUUGACCAAUUUGUGGUUUCUAUGUUUUUGGCAUUAUAUGGGCCAUUAGAAUAAAUCUUAAGGGAUGCAUAUUGAUAAUAAAAACAGACAUCAACUGCUCA